ACCUAAUCUUUGCUUCUUUUCGGAAUUAUUUUUUUAGAAACACACAAUUUUUAAUAGGUGUUUUUGAAAAAUAAGCCAACAUAGCCUUGAUUUGUGUCCUUAUACUUUAAUUAAAAUAUUAAUCCAGCUGUCAUAAAAAUGAGUUUGUUGAUUGUUCAAGUUCUUGGAGUUUUUGUUUAUCAUGCUGUAUCAAUAAACGGGGACGCAGAUGACCAAUGUCGUGCAGUUUUUGGAUCGGGGUCAUUCUUUUGUCGGUUGGCCUAUUCAUCUGAGCCGUUUUUUGCAGCAAUGUGUGGGCCUAUGAAUGGUAUUUGUCAAGAUACAGCUACAGAUCAAUGUAGCGGCUCAAUAACAUUUAAUAACUUCACGGUCUGUGGUGAUAGAAAGUGGUGUGUAGCAGAUGGAUGUGUUGCUAGCAGUCAAGCUCCAUCAAGACCUUCAGAUACAUGUCCACAAUUAGAUGAUCCUACAGUAACAUGUGCUGCAGCUCUAUGUGCAUUUUUAAAUCCAUCUAGACGACUCCAGUGUUGUGGUACCUGUGCCCCUUCGACUACCACAACUCCGUCAGCUACACCACCCACUACGAGUCCGACAACAUCACCUACUACCAGUCCGACAACAACAUCCCCUACUACCAGUCCAACAACAUCACCUACUACAAGUCCAACAACAUCACCAACUACGAGUCCUACUACAUCGCCAACUACCAGUCCAACAUCAUCACCUACUACAUCACCCACUACCAGUCCGACAUCAUCACCUACUACCAGUCCUACAGCAUCCCCUACUACCAGUCCAACAACAUCACCCACUACCAGUCCGAUAACAUUCCCUACUACCAGUGCAACAACAUCACCUACUGCAAGUCCAACAACAUCACCCACGACAAGUCCUACGACAUCUCCUACUACCAGUCCAACAACAUCACCUACUACCAGUCCAACAACUUCACCAACUACAAGUCCAACAACAUCACCCACUACAAGUCCCAAAACAUCACCCACUACCAGUCCUACAACAUCACCUACUACCAUCCCUACAACAUCACCUACUACAUCACCCAGUCCGACAACAUCCCCUACUACAAGUCCGACAACAUCCCCUACUACCAGUCCAAUAACAUCACCAACUACCAGUCCAACAACAUCACCUACGACAAGUCCUACAACAGCAUCUACUACAUCACCCAGCCCGACAACUUCCCCUACUACAAGUCCAACAACGUCACCUACUACAAGUCCAACAACAUCGCCUACUACGAGCCCUACAACAUCACCUACUACAAGUCCAACAACAUCACCUAUUACCAGUCCAACAACAUCACCUACUACCAGUCCGACAACAUCACCCACUACAAGUUCAACAACGUCCCCCACUACAAGCCCUACAACAUCACCUACUACCAGUGUAACAACAUCACCUACUACAAGCCCUACAACAUCACCUACUACAAGUCCGACAACAUCUCCUACUACAAGUCCUACAACACCAUCUACUACAAGUCCAACAACAUCACCCACUACAAGUCCAACAACAUCACCUAUUACAAGCCAAACAACAUCACCCACCACAAGUCCUACUACAUCACCCACAACAUCGCCAACUACAUCACCCACUACAAGUCCGACAACAACAUCGCCUACUACGAGCAUUCGUACCAAAGCCCCUAGAACAACCACGAAACCAAGUGUCACUCCAAGGCAUAUCCCUACUAAAGGAGAAUUAGACGCCCGUAAGCACAUCGCGACUAAAGGUGAGUUAUCUGCCAGCAGAAGCAUCCCGACUAAAGAACAGCUUGCUGCCAGCAGAUAUAUCUCGACUAAGGGACAGCUGGCUGCCAGCAGCAACAUUCUGACUAAAGGACAGUUAGCUGCAGCAAGAAAUAUCCCCACGAUAGGACAACUGUCAACGAAAUAUACACAAACUUGAUAGAUAUUUACAAUUAUAUAAACCCCGAUCCUUCUUGUAGCAUCUAUUCAGAUGGUUAAUUUCGUCUACGUCUUAUAACAAAACAAUUAAAGCAAUACCGCCUACUACAAGUCCUACAAUAUCACCUACUACCAGUGCAAUAACAACACCUACUACGUGUCCAACUACAAGUCCUAUUACAUCCCCCACUACCAGUCCUACUACAUCACCUGCUUCCAGUGCAACAACAUCACUACACCUACUACCAGUCACCUACUACGAGCCCUAAUACAUCACCCAUUACAAGUCCGACAACAUCACCUACUAUAAGUCCUACCACAUCACCUACCACAAAUCCAACAACAUCAUCUACUACAAGCGUCACGCCGAGGGAUACCCUUUAGACGCCAUUAGAAAGAUCCCUACUAAAGGGGAACUAUUCGUCAAAAGGACAGUUGGCGUUUACAAGAAACAUCCCGACAAGAGGGCAGUUAACGGUGUAAAGAAGAAUCCCAUCAAAGGGGAAGUUGACGGCAAGCAGAAACAUUCUCACUAAAGGACAAAUGAAUCUUGGAGGAAUUUAACAUUGUCAAAUAAUUACUAAGUUACAACUCUUGAAACAUUUUCUUGCAAGUACGGAUCAUUAAUAUUCCCACAAAAGGAAACAUUACGUUGUAAAUUAUGAUCAAUUUAUUUACUACAAUUUCAACUCUUUAAACCUCUUCUUGGUAUUUCAAAGUACGGAUCAUUAAUAUUUGUAAACUUAAACAUACAUUAUGCAAGAGCUAAACUAGCCUAUUGCAGAUGUUAUAUAAACUAUUAAUUAGACAUAAUAUAGUAACAAAACAAGACCAUAAUCAACUCUCGAUGGCAUCGGAUACUCGAGAUUUUAACUAGAUUAGAACGGUUCGCCAUUUCAAAAGUCUCGAAUACACCAGUUCCCUGGUUACCACAAUGCACAUAUCUUCUCAAAACUACAAACAGUGAUAACUUGGUUCAGAAUGAAGUAAUUUGAAUGAAAUUUUCAAUAUUUUCAUUUUACAUUAUCUAUAUUUUGAGCUAGCAAGAAUGGUCAGCUCUUUAUCUAAAUCUUACAUAAUGUAUGUUUAAUAUUUUUAUUCAUGAAAUAUUGCUAAAAUUAUGUUAGUCCCGAAAUGAACUAGUCUCUCUCUCUCUCUCUCUCUCUCUCUCUCUCUCUCAUAUUUUUUUUAUCAUGUUGCUAUGUAACAGACGAUCUGCUCUUCUUUAUAUUGUUUUGAUCAUCUACAUAAA